UUUUUCUUCUUCCGCUAUACAUUUCUCUCCUACUUGUUUUUUUUCAUUCGCAUAACCUAAACUCUCAGUACUCAGUAUAGUAGCGAUAUCACUUAUCAGAGAAAAAAGAAGAGAGGGACAGGAGAAGAAAUUAGGGUUUUUCUACGUAAAAUCUGUGAAAAAGAUAAGCAUAAUGAGCGCAGAGGCUGACAAAUAUGUCACGAUUAAUUUUGAGGAGACAGAACUUCGUUUAGGGCUACCUGGAGGUGGAGGUGGAGGUGGAGGUAAUACUACAAAUGAAGGUGAUCAAAUUGCAAAGAUUAAUAAUGGAAAGAGAGGAUUUUCAGAAACUGUGGAUUUAAAGCUUAAUCUUUCGACGAAAGAGUCGGGGAAAGAGGAGAAGAUGAAGGAGAAAACUGAUGUUCCUUCUUCUAAUGAUCCUGCAAAACCACCAGCCAAAGCACAGGUUGUGGGUUGGCCACCAAUUCGAUCAUUCCGAAAGAAUGUCAUGUCUGUCCAGAAAAGCAAUGGUGAUGAGGCUGAAAAGGCAGCCACCGCCACUGCUGCCGGUAGCAGCAGUGCAGCUUUUGUGAAGGUUAGCAUGGACGGAGCUCCAUAUUUAAGAAAAGUGGACUUGAAAUUGUACAAGAGCUACCAAGAACUCUCAGACGCUCUAGGCAAAAUGUUCAGCUCCUUUACAAUUGGUAAUUGUGGAUCACAAGGAAUGAAAGACUUCAUGAAUGAGAGCAAAUUGAUUGACCUUUUGAAUGGUUCUGAGUAUGUACCAACUUAUGAAGACAAAGAUGGAGACUGGAUGCUUGUAGGAGAUGUGCCUUGGGAAAUGUUUAUCGAUUCAUGCAAACGAUUAAGAAUAAUGAAAGGCUCUGAAGCGAUCGGACUUGCCCCUAGAGCUGUGGAGAAGUGCAAGAACAGGAGUUGAAGAAGUUUUUUUUGUUGUUUCCAAUUCCAUGAGAGUCAACGAUGAAAGGAAAUUAAAUCAGACCGGCUCAAGAGGAAUUGAGCAGGGAGUUUGGAAAUGUCUUGUACCAUGUUUUUUUUUUCACUUUUUUGCCCUUGUUCUUCCUUUUUUUUUUUGUGUCUCUCUUAUGAAAUAUAAACAUACGAGGAACAUAUUCAGGGACUUGUUAGGUCAUCAAGUAAUAAUAAUAUUAUAUAGGAGAUGUUUAUAAGACUUUUUUUUUCCUAUCA